GACGAACGGACGGCUGGCGACAGCAGCAAGACGUGGGACAGGGCGGCUUUUUAUUUCUGCGAACUGGGAUGAGGUUGCGCUGCAGUCGGGCCGGUGUGCGGACGGCCGUUCCGAGUGACGUAUGGUGUUGAUGGGGUGGAAACCUGCUAUACCACCGGUACAAAUAAGGUGCAUGCCACACAUGGGUGAGGGAUGAGGGAUGGCGGGGAAGAGGCUGGCAGCGAAAUCGCGUGGCUGGGCCGUCUCAUGCCCAGGUGCCUCGCCGCAAAACAAAACACGGGACGAAUCUCACGCUCUUGAAACAGAUCAUGGCCCAUGAUGUGCGAUGUGCCGCCUCGUGGCGACUAUCACUCCUGCCAGGAACGGGGACGCGGUUGACGUCGCGGUUGCGGGUCGAGAGCCUCUACCAACAGUCUCACGCGCAGCACGCUUGCGAGUCGAACAGUCCAACGCGCGACUCAUCAUGCCAGCCAGCAGUCGUCGCUCGGGGAGCAGCUGCUGCUCUUGCGAUCGCGUCGGUGUUGGCUCUCGAUCGACAGCGCUCCCCGUUUCCAGCGCUGCGGGUUGGGCCCGUUGGCUCCAGUCCGCUUCCGGCAAGAGGCUAGCUCAGGCUAUACGGCUAUGCGUCCUGCUCGAAGCCCGACGAGCACGCUGCAGUGCUUCUAUAUCCCGUUGUGUGUUUGCCGCGCCGUACGAGCUCAUUUCCCAGACUCCGAUGCCUCCGUGUGCUCCUGAGCGGCCGCCUCCUGGGUCCCCGCCUGGGCUGCUCCGUCCCGCUGACGCCCAGCAUAACCUUGGGAGGGCAAUUAGACAGGCCUUAUCGCUAGAGGCGAGCCGUCCGCUUCUGGCCCGUUUGCCUGUGCUGCCCUUCUCGCCGGCCAACAACCCCCCUCCCGCGCCAUUGGUCCCCGGCGCGCUGUGUGCAGACCUCGCGUCUCCUGUGGCUGCCCCGGAGCCUUCGCUUGAUGGGUUAACUGCAUAACUGCAGCGCUGUGCCGUACGCGCAGGGUUUCUUAUCGAGCCCGGCACUGCUCCGCAUGCUCUACACCCAUUUGAGCACCCUGGACACCAUACCUGUGGGACGCAUGCAAGCAAGGGUCCUCAAAAAUAAACCAAUAUAU